AGCAGUGUUUAAUGCAACGUGUUUUAAGUCGGACGCUCCGGCUAGGCGCUGGUGGUCUGGGCGGCGCGGCGCUGCCCUGGUGCGCCUGCUCCCUGCGGACGGGGGGCCGCUUCUGCGCGGGGUCCGAAUAAACCUCCUUUAGUCCCGGAGAGUCCCUGGAAGAGCAGUGGGAACCUUUCACGCCAGAAUCACUGGGCUGUCCCGCUCCAAAAAGUCACAUUUGGGUUGUCUUGUGGAACCUUCCUAGAAAACAGGAAUAAUAGUAAGAAAAAUGUUUAAUAAAAGUAACUUCACUGAACAGUCAGACUGAAACAGGAGCAGGUUCUCUGGAAUGGUGAGUUCUCUUAUCUCGCGUUGUCCAGCAAGAAUUGGAAAGGUGUAGAGGGCCAUGUGGUUAUGAUAUUGUUGAGAUUCCACAAUGCCUCCUGCCAUGACAGACAGCCUUGACAUCUGGGCAGUGGAUUCACAGAUUGGUGCUGAUGGCUCAAUAUCUGUGGACUUCCUGUUGCCCACUGGAAUCUACAUCAACCUGGACGUCCCUCGAGAUGCCACCAUAUCUCAUAUUAAACAGAAUAACCUCAAGACAAAGACCAAAGAGAAGGCAAAGCAAAUGUUUAAAGAUAGAAAUCUCCUUAUGGAGAUCGACUCGUACAUGUUCUCAUGUGUGAAUCAGACUGCUGUGCAUGAAGAAUUAGAGGAUGAAACUCGGAGACUUUGCGACGUUAGACCCUUUCUUCCUGUCCUUAAACUAGUGACAAGGAAUUGUGAUCCAGGAGAAAAGUUGGAUUCUAAAAUAGGUGUCCUUAUAGGCAAAGGUCUCCAUGAGUUUGAUGCUUUACAAGACCCUGAAGUGAAUGACUUCCGAGCCAAAAUGCGAAGAAUCAGUGAGGAGAAGAUUCAGUCGCUUGUCGGUCUCUCUUGGAUGGACUGGUUAAAGCACACUUACCCGCCAGAACAGGAACCUGUUAUCCAGGAGAGCUUCCAAGAUAAGCUCUAUAGCGGAAAUCUUGUAGUUGCCAUUCAUUUCGAUAACUGCCAGGAUGUAUUUAGUUUUCAGGUAUCUCCUAACAUGAAUCCCAUCAAGCUGAAUGAACUGGCAAUCCGAAAACGUUUGACUAUCCAUGGAAAAGAAGAUGAGGAAGUUGAUCCCGCUGACUAUGUGCUGCAAGUUAGUGGGAGGCUAGAGUAUGUUUUUGGUGACCACCCGUUAAUUCAAUUUCAGUAUAUCCGCAACUGUGUGAUGAACAGGACUCUUCCUCAACUGACUCUAGUCGAGUGUUGCACCAUAAAAAAAAUGUGUGAGCAGGAGAUGAUUGCCAUAGAAGCUGCCGUAAACCGAAAAUCAUCCAACCUUCCUCUUCCUCUGCCACCAAAAAAAACAAGAAUAACAACUAGUGUAUGGGAUAUUUGCAACCCUUUCAAGAUCGUUCUGUUGAAGGGCAAUAAACUAAAUACAGAAGAAAAUGCAAAAGUUCAUGUUAGGGCUGGUCUUUUCCAUGGCACAGAGCUCCUUUGUAAGACUGUUGUAAGCACAGAAAUAUCUGGGAGAAGUGACCAUGUUUGGAAUGAAAUACUGGAGUUUGAAAUUAAUGUCUGUGAUCUACCAAGAAUGGCGAGGCUCUGCUUUGCAGUUUAUGCUGUGAUGGAUAAGGUGAAAACUAAAAAGUCAACCAAGGCAAUGAAUCCUUCCAAAUACCAGACCAUUAGGAAAGCAGGGAAAGUGCACUAUCCUGUAGCCUGGGUAAAUACCAUGAUAUUUGAUUAUAAAGGACAACUGAAGAAUGGAGAACUCAUGCUGCACAGCUGGUCAUCGUUUCCUGAUGAACUUGAAGAAAUGUUAAAUCCAAUGGGAACAGUCCAGACUAACCCUUACACUGAAAAUGCAACAGCUUUGCAGAUUAGAUUUCAAGAAUAUUCAAAACAACCUAUUAGUUACCCUCCCUUCGAUAAGAUACUUGAAAAGGCAGCUGAGAUUGCAAGAAACAGUGACAAUGCUGCAAUGGCGGGUCGAGGUGGUAAGAAGUUUUAUGUUGUGCUAAAAGAUAUAAUGGAAAGAGAUCCCUUAUCUCAGCUCUGUGAAAAUGAAAUGGAUCUUAUUUGGACUUUGCGAUAUGACUGUCGCGAAAAUUUUCCACAAUCAUUGCCAAAACUGCUGCUUUCUUUGAAGUGGAACAAACUUGAAGACGUUGCUCAGCUUCAGGCUCUUCUUCAGAUAUGGCCCAAGCUGCUGCCUAGAGAAGCAUUAGAGUUGCUGGAUUUCAAUUACCCAGACCAGUAUGUGAGAGAAUACGCAGUGGGCUGCUUAAAGCAAAUGAGUGAUGAAGAGCUCUCUCAGUAUCUUCUUCAACUUGUGCAAGUCCUGAAAUAUGAACCUUUUCUUGAUUGCGCUCUCUCCAGAUUUCUACUAGAGAGAGCGCUUGCUAAUAGGAGAAUAGGGCAGAUGUUGUUUUGGCAUCUAAGGUCAGAGAUUCAUAUACCUGCUGUUUCAGUGCAGUUCGGUUUGAUACUUGAAGCUUACUGCCGAGGAAGUGUUGCACACAUGAAAGUGCUUGCUAAACAGGUGGAAGCCCUUAAUAAAAUGAAGACUUUAAAUAGUCUAAUUAAGCUGAAUGCCAUGAAACAAAGCAAAGCAAAAGGAAAAGAUGCAAUGCACACGUGUUUGAAACAAAAUGCUUACAGGGAAGCACUUUCUGACCUCCAGUCUCCUCUGAAUCCUUCUGUUAUACUUUCAGAACUGCAUGUUGAGAAGUGUAAGUACAUGGAUUCUAAAAUGAAGCCUCUGUGGAUAGUAUACAACAAUAAGAUGUUUGGGGGAGAUCUUGUAGGGAUCAUCUUUAAAAAUGGUGAUGAUCUCCGGCAGGACAUGUUGACGCUCCAAAUACUGCGUUUGAUGGAUGUACUUUGGAAAGAAGCCGGUCUGGAUCUCCGGAUAUUGCCGUAUGGUUGUUUAGCAACUGGAGAUCACUCUGGCCUAAUUGAGGCUGUCUCUAGUUCAGAAACCAUUGCUGACAUUCAGUUAAAUAGUAGCAAUGUUGCUGCUGCUGCUGCCUUCAACAAAGAUGCUCUCUUAAACUGGCUGAAGGAAUACAAUUUGGGAGAUGACUUGGAUCGAGCCAUUGAAGAAUUUACUCUGUCUUGUGCUGGCUACUGUGUAGCUACUUACGUACUGGGGAUUGGUGACAGACACAGUGACAACAUCAUGGUCAGAAAAAAUGGUCAGCUCUUUCAUAUAGAUUUUGGGCAUAUUCUUGGAAACUUCAAGUCCAAGUUUGGAAUUAAAAGGGAACGGGUACCUUUCAUUCUUACCUAUGAUUUCAUUCAUGUCAUUCAACAAGGAAAAACGGGGAACACCGAGAAAUUUGGUCGGUUCCGCCAAUGUUGUGAAGACGCAUACUUGAUUCUGCGAAAACAUGGGAACUUAUUUAUUACACUCUUUGCACUGAUGUUAACUGCAGGGCUUCCAGAGCUAACGUCUGUCAAGGACAUCCAGUAUCUCAAGGACUCUCUUGCCUUAGGGAAGAGUGAGGAAGAAGCACUAAAACAAUUUAAGCAAAAGUUUGAUGAAGCACUCCGGGAAAGUUGGACUACUAAAGUGAAUUGGAUGGCCCACACUGUUCGAAAAGACUACAGAUCCUAGAAGAUUUUUGGAGUUGCAUUAAUCUGAAUGUUGCCUUGAUAAGUGUUUUUAAAAGGGAUCUGUAGUCUGGACCAACAAAACUUAUUUUAAAUAAGAAAACAAAACAACAACAAAAAGAAAUGACCUGAAAUAAUUCCUGAUUCUUUUGCACUCUGCUUCUGACUGCUUGAUCCCAAGACUUUCCAUGCAGAUAGGAAACAUGCCUGCUGACUUUGCACGCUGAGAGCUACUAGGCAUUUUUUAAAAUUCUUUGGUACUUUAAGGAGGUGUAAAUAUUUGUUUUUAUAUGUUAGGGUAAUAUACUCUAACACAUUCAGGAGGUUUGAAGACCUCUGAAAGAACUGUUUUUUGUUUCAAAAUCGGGACGCAAAAGGAGUAAAAAUUUUUUGAGAUGCUAAUCUAGCUAAAAAUGACCAUAUUGUGUGUAUUUUUCAUAUGAAUUCUGCCAUACUGGCACAGAUGCAUUAAUUCUACUGUAAAUAGCAACCACAGUAUCGUUGUACUACAGGGAGCUGCUUAAUGUCUUAUACUGCUGCCGAAAGAAGAGUAGACAGAUUUUUGUAAGAUUGGGGGGGGGGGGGGGGGGUUUUGAAA